UUCUCGAAGAUAUUCACGAUUGGACGAGGUCUCUUCAUUCAGCCAGAAAAAGUGCCUGACAUGGUUUCGAGAGUACACAUGUCCUGAUGAACCGGAAGUAUUGGGCCCCGAGGGUAUGGAGAAAUUUUGCGAGGAUAUUGGCGUCGAACCGGAAAACGUCGUCAUGCUGGUAUUGGCGUAUCGGAUGCAGGCGCGGCAAAUGGGUUUUUUUAGUCAGGAGGAGUGGGUUCGAGGCUUGACGGAUCUUCAGUGCGAUUCAAUCCAAAAGCUUCAGGGUCGUCUCGAACAGUUACGCUGUAUGCUAAAUGAUCAGCAUUCGUUUAAGGCGAUUUAUCGGUACGCGUACGAUUUUGCUCGAGAUAAAGAUCAACGCAGCAUGGAUAUGGAAACGGCCAAAGCUAUGCUUCAGUUGCUCUUGGGCAAACAUUGGCCGCUAUACGCCCAAUUUAGCCAGUUUCUCGAACAGAGCAAGUACAAGGUGAUCAAUAAGGAUCAGUGGUGUAAUAUAUUGGAAUUUUCGCGUACUAUCAAUAUAGACUUAUCCAAUUAUGAUGUAGAUGGAGCAUGGCCAGUAAUGUUGGAUGAGUUUGUAGAAUGGUUGAAAGCGUCUCGAGAUAAGUCUGAUAUUAGUUGAGUCGCGCACGUUUUGUGUGCCAUCAAUGGACUUACCUAACUAAUUACUUAAAUGUGUCGUAUCAUCGCGUCACGGUCUCCGGCAAAGGGGGUAGCGAGUUUUGAGUGCUCCGCGUUCCACCAUCUGUGCAUCCAACUGCGACAAAACCGUACUACUACUACACCGAAUAAAUAAAUAAAAAUAUACAAGACGGGUUCUACAACAAACAGCAAACAAGCAAAAAAAGUAAUUUAAUAAUAAUAACACCGGCUAUAGUUGUAUUAUCAUCAAUUUUAACAUUAAGAAACCACUGAUUCCUCGUUUAUAUAUUUUUUGUUAAAUUAGUUUACAAUUUAAUUUCCUCUAUCUACGGUUUCCUUCUGUGCCACGGUCCCAGCCCUCAAGGGCAACCCUUUCCUCCUCUCUCCCUUUGCCUUAGAUCUCUCGUCGUGAUAAAAAAAACGCAAAAAUGAAUCGUCAUUUCUCGAUACAAUAAUUUAAUCUUUAAUCUUAUUAUUUUUUUUACAAGGAAUUGUACCUUUACCUUUUUCGUCCUUUUGUUAAAUAAGACUCUUAGUCGAAUAAACUACAAACCACAAUGUGAAGUAACUUAAAGACAAUGAUGAAAAACAAAUAAACAUGAAAAAAGGG